AUGGAAGAACGGGUUGAAAAAUUGGCUUCAAGUCGCUUUGCAGAAUCUGAGGCUCGAGUUUCACGUCUACGUGAGGACAACGCUCGAUUGACUGCUCAAUGUGCAGUUCUUGAGGAGCGCUUAAAGGAGGUCGAAGCAAGGGCAGAACGUGAUAUUGAAGCUGAGCGCUCGCAUCAUCAGGCCCUCCUGGUAAAAACUUAA